GACUACGAGAAGAGACUGCAAGAGAGGGAUGUGAUUGACAGCAAGAAUUACCUAGAUGCCCACAGAGCAGUUGUUGCCAACUAUCUGCAGAAGGUUCGAGAAUCAGUAAUAAACCGUUUCCUCAUAGCAAAACACAAUUUCAUUCUCUCUGACCUUGUUAAUGAGGAGGAGAUUCCCAGCCUGGGUUCUGAGGGUCCAGGUAUUUUGGGACUCAGCCUCUUUAAACUGGCAGAGCCAAAACGGCCAUUAAGGCCAAGAAGAAAAGAAAGGAAGAAGGUCACGGCACAGAAUUUAUCAGAUGGAGACGUCAAACUGUUAGUGAACAUCGUUAGAGCUUAUGAUAUUCCAGUGAGAAAACCAGUGAUGAGCAAAUUUCAACAACCAGCCAAAUCUUCAAGGUCCUUUAAUGAGAUGUUUGCAGCCUCUGCGUCAGCUCAGAGCCCAGCUGAUAGCGCAGAUUGGGCGUUCAACCAGGUUUUAGUCCGUCCUUUUGUAGAAGUUUCUUUUCAGCUAACAGUGUGCCGGACAACAACAGCAGAGGGUCCAAACCCCAACUGGAAUGAGGAACUUGAGCUUCCAUUUAGAGCUCCUAAUGGUGACUACAGCACCCAUAGUUUGCAGUCAGUGAAGGAUGAAGUCUUCAUUAACGUUUUUGAUGAAGUACUUCAUGAUGCUGUAGAGGAUGAUCGUGAAAGAGGCAGUGGAAUCCACACACACAUUGAGAGACGCUGGCUGGGAUGUGUUAAAAUUCCAUUUACUACCAUAUAUUUUCAAGCGAGGAUUGAUGGUACAUUUAAGGUGGAUAUUCCUCCAGUCCUCCUUGGCUACAGCAAAGACAAGACCCUGGGAAUCGAGAGAGGCUACGAUUCUGUGCAAAAUCUGAGUGAGGGCUCAUAUAUAACACUGUUCAUUACCAUUGAACCACAGCUCAUUCCUGGAGAGUCAGUCAGAGAGAAGAUGAAUGAAAUGCUUAAGAAGUUUGACACCCAAGAAGAUGAGAAAUUGCUCCAGGCAGCAGCAAAGUAUGAAGCCGAAUGUACAUCAGCGUUUCCAAGCCGCCAAUGCCUAACAACUGUGAUUGACCUCAGUGGGAAAACAGUUUUUAUUACCAAAUAUAUCAAACCUCUGAAUCCACCAGAGGAGCUUCUUGAUGCCGUCCCAGACAGUUCUCAAUCAGCAGCAGAGUUGGUGGCUCGAUAUGUUUCUUUGAUUCCUUUUUUGCCGGAUAGUGUGUCAUUUGCUGGAAUUUGUGAUUUAUGGAGUACGUCAGAUCAAUUUCUGUACCUCCUGGCGGGAGAUGAGGAAGAACACGCCGUGCUCUUGUGUAAUUAUUUCCUUGGUAUGGGGAAAAAAGCCUGGCUUAUCAUUGGAAACGCUAUUCCUGAGGGACCAACUGCAUACGUAUUAACUUUGGAACGAAGUCAGUAUGUGAUUUGGAACCCCAGUACUGGAUGUUUUUAUGGGCAGUAUGAUACUUUCUGCCCCUUACAAAACGUGUACUGUCUGAUCAGCUGUGAUAAUGUUUGGUUUAAUGUGCAAGAACAUGAUUCUCCAGCAAGGAUAAGUUUUGAUGUCAGCAAACCAAAACGUUGGAGGCCCUUCUUUUCCAGAAGCUUCCCUUACCCUGGCCUCAACAGUGUUCAGCCUGAAGAAUUAGUUUACCAGUGUUCGGACAAGGCUGCUGCUGUGGAACUACAGGGCAGGAUUGAAAAAAUACUAAAAGAGAAGAUCAUGGAGUGGAGACCAAGGCACCUCACUCGCUGGAACAGAUACUGUACCUCUACCCUGCGGAGCUUUUUGCCACUGCUGGAACAAAACCAAGGCAAAGAUGUAGAAGGCGAUCAUCAGGCUGAGCUGCAGAAACAGCUAGGGGAUUACAGGGUCUCUGGAUUUCCUAUUCACAGGCCAUUCUCUGAAGUCAGACCUUUAAUAGAAGCUGUACACAGCACCGGCGUUCACACCAUUGACAUUUCCAACGUUGAAUUUGCACUAGCUGUGUAUGUUCACGCCUAUCCCCAAAAUGUUCUCUCUGUAUGGAUUUAUGUGGCUUCACUUGUUCGAAGUAAGUAG